AUGUCGGGUCUCAGCGCUCCGCUGCCUGCAUCGGGCAGCUUUAUCAAGAAUGUACGAUCCAGCUGUGCGCAGGUGCGCUCCCAAGCCAACAUUUCGAUCAAUGAGGAGGCGGUUGCUGCAUUCCUGACGCAUUUGGAUAGAGCAGAUUUUGAGAGACUGAGCAAGCAACAUGGACUUACGCUUCCGCUCAGCUUUGAUAGCGUUGCUGAAGAAGUGGUGAGUAGGGAAACACUUGCAAUCGAUACCUCCCCCUCCUCAGGGGGGGUUUUUCCCCCCCGCUCUGCUAUGAUUUACCCGCUCGCAAGAUGUCACUGACAGGUCUUCUUUCGGUCAAAUGUGACAUUUGCACGAUUUGACAGAACCUGCUGGCUGUGCUGUCUCUGCUCAAUUUCUUGUCGGCGUAUCGAGCGCCACUGCACAAAGCUACUGGAUCUGGCGCUUAUCAAGCCGUCCUGCGACUGGUGAUAGGUCUCUACAUUUCCGGUCCCAAUGCGCUUUCCGCCCUCGCUCUCAAAGAGCUCAAAGCCGAUGGAGUCGCUUCGCUCUUGAACGUCUCCACCACGCAAGAGUCGUCCAGCGGCAUACCCGGGGUGGUGCUGGGACAACCCAAGACGGGAGACAUGUACGAGGUUUGCCAACUCGUUGCUAGAGCUUGCAACAGUACUGGAGAAGUGCUGCUUCGUUUGGGACUUGUAGAUUUGGGCAGCUUGGUGCUGAAAGCAUUGGACAGAGCCAAGACAUUGAGCGACGAAGAGCGCUGCGAAGCAGUGUUGGCCGGGGUGAGCUUCUCGCUUAAUGAAUGCGCCACAUCAUGCGGAGGAAUACUGAUGUAAUGUCCACGGACUCUUUGCCGUCCUGCCAGCUCGUCUCCACCAUCCCAGCCUUCGCAGAUGCCCACCUGAUCGACGGCAGUCGACCCGUUUAUCUCUUCAAAAAGGCCUUCUUCCUCCUUCAAGCCAUCUCUCAACGAGGUGUAGCCAACGCACCAAGCACAAAGACGCUGCCCAUGUUCGUCGAUAACGUUCUGCCCACCAUGCUCAUCCAGCUCGGAUUACUGGACACGAGCAACGUGUCGAGCUCCUUUGCAAAUUUGAAGGCGUUCAGACCUGUGCGUGUGCGCGCCCCUCAUACGGACAGCGAAGGCGCAAAAGCUCAGCAUGAGGCGGUAGAGGAAGGACCUCGACUGAGUGCAGAGGAAGCGUACGUCAUCAGAGCUUCAGCACUGGAUGCCGGCUCUUUCAUCGUUAAGCGAGCACACGAAUUGGCGCAGCAAGAUGCACCCAAAUACGAAUGGCUUGGCGCGCUGACAGAAGCGGAUCUUGGUGAGUGGUAUGACGACAGAGCUUCUACACGACUGGGCGCCUUUCGCAAACGCAUGCUGACGCUCGAUCAAACAUCCGCGCUUGCCACGCCCACAGAUGGCUACUUGUGGUCUGUUGCCAAGGACGAUGCUUCGCUUCGGCAAGUGCCGCGUCUGGUAGAGAGGGGCACCAUCAUGUAUUGAAAAGUUUGCAAUGCGGAUCGCUUCAAAAGCACAUGCUGUCUCGCGAGGUCGCGAUUUGCUGCUUUGUCCGCCUUUCUUUGACGUUCUCCCGGCUUUUCCUGCCAAUGAGCCGAAAGACCUUUGACUCGCGCCCGUAA